GUUUUACGAUAUCAAAACGUUCUCGAACGCUUCUUGAAUCAAAUUUUGUUAGCAAAAGUUCCGCUUCAAAAACUGCUUCAAAAUGUCCCUCGCCGACGAACUCCUCGCCGAUCUGGAGGAUGACAACGACGAGGAGGACGAGCUGCUGGAGGAGAUCAAAAAGGAACCGGAAGCUAUCGAGGAAGAUGAGACUGCCGGCCACCAAUCGGGCGGCGAAGAGGAACCCAUCAUAAUGGACGUGAAGGAUGAACCGAUGGAGGUGGACGUGAAGGUCGCCUCGAUCCGGGAGAUCUGCAAGCUGCGCGACUCGGACCGGCUGAAGAACGUGCUGACGCAGAUCGCGCACUUUGUGAAGAACCCGCGCAAGACGUCCGAGAUGAUCGGGAACGUCGAGUCCGACCCGGAGUACCAGCUGAUCGUGGAGGCGAACAACAUUGCGGUCGAGAUUGAUAAUGAAAUUUCAAUCGUCCACAAAUUCGUCAAAGACAAGUACCAAAAGCGGUUCCCGGAGCUCGACUCCCUCAUCAUGGUCGAAAUGGACUACGUUCGCAGCGUCAAAGAGCUGGGCAACGAUUUGGACCAGGCCAAAAACAACGAGCGACUGCAGGAGAUCCUCACCCAGGCAACGAUUAUGAUCGUUUCGGUGACGGCUUCCACAACCCAGGGCGUCCGGCUGGAACCGCUAGAGCUGCAACGGAUCAACGAGGCGUGCGAUAUGGCCGUUGAGUUGGGCGACUUCAAGAGCAGGAUUUUCGAAUACGUCGAAAGCCGGAUGACCUUCAUCGCGCCCAAUUUGUCUAUGAUCGUGGGCGCUUCCACGGCGGCCAAGUUGGUGGGGUUGGCCGGAGGCCUAACCAGGUUGUCCAAAAUGCCUGCCUGCAAUGUGUUGGUGCUGGGCUCGCAGAAGAAAACGCUGUCCGGAUUCUCCAAGGUGGCCAUGCUGCCGCACACCGGUUACGUCUACUACUCGGACAUUGUGCAGGAAACGCCACCCGACCUGCGCCGGAAAGCGGCCCGCCUGGUGGCCUCCAAAAGCACGCUGGCUGCGCGCGUUGACGCCUGCCACGAGAGCCACCUCGGAGAAAUCGGCCAACGGUUCCGCGAAGACAUCGAGAAAAAGCUGGACAAGCUGCAGGAACCGCCGCCGGUCAAGUUCAUCAAACCGCUCCCAAAACCAAUCGAGGGUGGCAAAAAGAAGCGCGGUGGCAAGCGGGUGCGCAAGAUGAAGGAACGGUACGCGAUCACCGAGUUCCGAAAACAGGCCAACCGCAUGAACUUUGGAGACAUCGACGAGGACGCGUACCAGGAGGAUCUCGGCUACUCGCGCGGCACCAUCGGCAAAACCGGCACCGGCCGCAUCCGAUUGCCCCAGAUCGACGAGAAGACCAAGGUGCGCAUCAGCAAGACGCUGCAGAAGAACUUGCAGAAGCAGCAGCAGGUUUGGGGCGGCAGCACCACCGUCAAGAAGCAAAUCUCCGGCACGGCGUCCAGUGUGGCUUUCACGCCGCUGCAGGGCCUGGAAAUUGUGAACCCGCAGGCGGCGGAACGGCCCGCCAGCGAGAGCACCGCCAAGUAUUUCUCCAACACGUCCGGCUUUCUGUCGGUGGGCAAGAAGACGACGUAGAUGGGGGGUUUCGGAGUAUGUGUGUCGGUAUGGUGUAUGUGUGCGCUUGGAUAGAAACAAUAAAACUGUUGAUGAAUUCUAUA